GCCGCUUAAAGAGUUACUGCCCGGUCGAAGAACGGACUCAAACACUGCUCGAAUUUCGUCGGCAACACACCGCCAGCACGUAUGCUGCAUCAAAUUAUUUUUAUUCAUACCACAAUAGUUCGCGUGUAAUAACCGUUAUAUAAUGGAAUAUCGUAGUCCGCGUAUGGCACCGUUGUAGUAUUAUUAAUAUUAUUUUAAAACGUUGCUGUUGUUGCUGUCGUAGUUUUUAAAUUUAUUUGUAUGCUCUCAUAAUACGACGUAGCCACCUACGCGAUCGACACGUUUAAUUGCGUAUAGCGGUGUGACCGCUACUGUGUGUAAAGUUUUACGGUUUUUCCCUCAUUUCAAUACAUAAUCAUCAUCUAAUAAACGUACACAAUAAUAUAUAUCAAUCAGCUUUACUUGAUUUAUUUUGCGUUUUGGCUGUCACUGCAUACGACGAUCUCCACGCACAUUGUAGUGAUAUUAUAAUUAUAAUGGACAAUCCUUGGUACAAAUCGACAGAUUCGUUGUCAUGGGCGUUGACAAGGAAAAAAACUGACUCGGAUGAACCGAACAAAGAAAAACUCAAUCGGGUGUUGACUUUCUUUGACUUGACCGCACUGGGUACUGGCUCAACAUUGGGAUGUGGAGUGUACGUGUUAGCCGGCGCAGUAGCUAAAUCGAUCGCCGGUCCAGCCGUAGUCCUGUCUUUCGCCAUAGCCGCUGUAGUAUCUGCGUUUUCCGGAUUGUGUUAUGCCGAGUUCGCUGGUCGAGUACCCAAAGCUGGAUCUGCGUAUAUCUACAGUUACGUGGCGGUUGGAGAAUUCACUGCGUUCGUUAUCGGCUGGAAUCUACUCAUUGAACAUCUCAUCGGUACCGCGUCUGUAGCCAAGGCCAUGAGCAAUUACUGCGAUUCUCUGCUGGGUAGCCCACAAAGAAGAUAUAUGAUUGAAAAUUUUCCAAUGCACAUCAGUUUUUUGGCUGAUUAUCCCGAUAUUGCGUCAUUUGUCGUGAUCGUUGCCAUCGCGUUUUUGGUAGCUUGGGGUGUUCGUGAAUCAUCAUUUACCAACAAUAUAUUUACCGCAUUGAAUCUGAUUACCGUUUGUACCGUUAUUGUUACCGGGUUCUAUAAAGCCAAUUUCUCAAACUGGUCUAUUCCGAAAAGCGAAAUACCACCUGAAGCAAAAGGCGGCGAAGGUGGUUUCUUACCAUUUGGAUGGGUCGGUGUAGCAGCUGGAGCUGCGAAAUGUUUUUACGGAUUCAUCGGUUUCGAUUCGAUUGCCACGACUGGCGAAGAAACUAAGAAUCCCAAAAGAGAUAUACCAUUGGCUAUCAUUGCGUCUCUGUUUUUGAGCACGAUCGCUUAUUGUGGAGUGGCCACUGUUUUAACACUCAUGUGGCCUUACUAUUCACAGGAUCCAGAUGCACCACUUCCUGCUCUCUAUGAAAAUUUGGGAAUGCCUACGGUAAAGAUUAUAGUCUCGGGUGGUGCAAUAUUUGCACUGUGCACGAGUCUUUUGGGUGCAAUAUUUCCACUGCCUCGCAUUUUAUACGCAAUGGCCAGUGACGGUUUACUUUUCAAGUUCUUAUCGAAUAUAAACGCUACGACCAAAACCCCUCUAAUAUCUACGAUCAUUUGCGGAGUUUUCGCAGGAACGUUGGCUACAGUCUUCAAUCUCGAGCAGCUCAUCGAUAUGGCAUCCAUCGGCACUCUUCAGGCCUAUACGAUCGUUUGCAUAUGUGUGUUGAUACUGCGGUACACCGAUAAUAGCCCAUCCAUCCAAGACAACUUACCGCAGUCAAAAUCGAUUACGGUUUACACAUGGUUGAAUUUUUCGAACGCUAAAGUGCCGAACGCCGACACUCAAUACGUUUCAAGGAUGUUGAUAUUGAUAUUUACCGUAUGUACAUUUGUGUUUGGAAUAAGCUUAUCAAAUAUGGAAUCACAUCAUGGCAACAUAAGAAACACACUUAUGAUUAUAAAUGUAAUAUCACUUCUGGUUCUGUUGAUUACAUUGUUUAUGUUGGGUAGACUUCCAACAGCUCAAGAAGAUCUAUCGUUUAAGGUGCCUUUGGUUCCCAUUAUACCAUGUUUGAGCAUAGUAUUAAACGUUUAUUUAAUGAUGGAACUAGAGUACAAGACUUGGAUAAGGUUCAUUGUGUGGCUUAUAUGUGGAUUAUUGAUAUAUUUGUUCUACGGUAUUAAUCAUAGUUUGGAAGGUAAUAAGCAAAAAAUGCAGUUAAACACAAUUCAAAUCAAACCGAAGUUAUCCAGUUAAUUGUAUAGAUAUUUAUUUAAUAACCAUACACUGGAAUCAUAAUCAAAUAUAUCAAGUGAUUCAUUAUCUAUUUUGAAAAAUACAUAUAAUUUUAUUAAUUGCUUAUAUUGUAUAAGUAAUUAUCUCAGUUUAAGGAUUUUAGUACUUCUUAUUUUAUUUUAAGUGUUUUAUUUAACGUUUUAUAGAGCUAUAGCCUAUAAUAUCCAAACUCUAUAC